CCGGAUACCGGGUUUUGUCACCACCCAAGAGCUAGGGUCCAGGAAUUUUGUUGUGACAGUUGCUUUCUUUGUUAUUUUUUUUUUUCGCUGAUUUUUCCAUUAAAAUGAUCUGACAAUGGACUCACAAAUGAACAACGCAAACAAUAGCGCAGAUGCAAAUGUUGCACCUAGCCAACACACUGAUGACGACGCAGAAGAUGACUCAAAACCCGUGAGGAAAGUAACCAGGAAGGAGCCACUUCCUGCAGAUGUUUUAGGAGAGGCCAGUCCACAAUUUGAAUGCCCAGUGUGCCUACAGUGUGCCAGUUUUCGUGUACAGCUACCAUGCAAGCAUAUUUUUUGCUUCCUUUGUGUUAAAGGUUUCGCCAAUAGAAAUAAAAGAUGUGCAUUGUGCAGGCAGGAUAUCCCUUCAGACUUUUUCAAAGACCCAAAACUGGUCUGUGAGGAUGAGAUAAAAGAAAAAUCUAUGUACAUAUUUGAUGAAGGCUACCAGUGGUUUUAUGAGGGAAGAAAUGGCUGGUGGCAAUAUGAUGAUAAAACAAGCGGAGAACUUGAAGUACGAUACAAAAAAGGUGAUAAAAAAUUUGAAUUGCUUAUAGCUGGUUUUCUGUAUGUGGUAGAUUUGGAGAGCAUGAGACAAGUAAGAAGAAAUGACCACACAAGGCGACGUAGAAUUAGAAGGGAUCUAAGAAGUAUUCCUGAUAUUAAAGGUAUAGCAGGACUUAAGUACCUCGAAGAUCAAACCUCAAGGCCAGGAGGAGAUGGGGAUGAUACCGCGGAUGGAAAUACCGCAGGUUUAGCUACAAGCCCUGGUAGCAGAAAUCCAGGUCCAUCAAGUCAAUCUAGCCAGCAAAUGAUGCUUCCUAGUGACGGAGCCAGUGGACAAUCUUACGAUAAUUACCUUACUCCCUCGGCCCCUAACAACACCCCUCAGACUCCAAUGACCCCUGCAGACAGCCAGCCCAGUAGCCUAAUGGGCUCAACAGAGGAUCUGACUGUCCAUUUACAAAACUUGAACAUGAACUCAGACCCUUCUUCACGGGCUUCUCCGUCCUCAGAUGCUCAAGACCAUUUUAGUCAGAGUAUUCCUGAUCCAUCUUUGCCAUAUGGUGAUCAAUCUUUGAAUGCUUCAUCAAGAUCGGUCUCUGAUACAAGUGCCAGUACGGCUAGUCAGCCUGGGUCAGGCCAUAAUGGGCAGAGGCUGCUCUAUUAUAGAAGAGCAUACCCUGGGGAUCAAGAAACAAAUGUUGAUGAUGACGAUGAUAACGACGGCACACCAGUGGACCCUAGGUACGUUGAGGAAGGGGCAGAAGGUGGCCAGUAUAAGGAUGAUGAUGAUGAUAAUGGAGAUGAGCAUUUGUCACAUGAACGUGUGGCUGAUCCCAGUGAUAGUGAUAAUGACUGUGAUGAAACAGCUCGGCCUGGCUCAAUGGUUACGUACGUGUAGAAAUAUGAUUUCACUUAUAUCUGUGUGCAAAGCUUACCUGUAUACAUGUAGGUUAAAGUACUUAGUACUAACUUACAUGUAAUAUGUUAUUUCCUAUUAUAGAUAAAAUCCCGGUUUGUGAUAUAUAGAUAUACAAGAUAUGUGGAUAGUGUACAUGUAUACAGUAUAGUUUAAAUUUUACAUAUAUCUAUAUAUGUAUAUGUGUUUGUUUUUACUAUAUAUUUAUCACAGGUUAUGUAAAAAGUGUUUGCAUAUUUAAAAUUAUUUUUGCUUUAUUUAAAGGGAUAACAACUGGCAGAUACUUGUUUCUGGAAUACAAAAUGCAAAUCCAAGCCCAUAAUAAUUAUAUUUUCCAUUACUUAACUAAUGCUUUCCUGCCAAAAAAAUAAGUCAUAAUUUUUAAAUUAUUAUAAAGUUUAACAAAAGAUCUGUAAUUUGAAGAUAAUGUUUUAUCAUUGUAACAAGGGUUUUGUUCACAUUUAAAGAAACGAAAUUAAUGUUUUCAAUGUCUAAUGCUUUAAAAUAUGAACGUGUCCCUUUAAUUUACAUGUGAUUAAUGCAUUGUUACAUGAUAUAAAUUAUGGUUAAUUUAUAAUUUUUCAUAAUAAUCCUUCCAUACUUUAAUUCAAAGAACUGAUACUUAAACACUUCUUGCCUUAACACAUAAUUGGCUGAUUGUAUAUUAAAGUACUGACGUAUAUUAAAACAACAUCAAACAUCCAAACGUUAAAGUUUAAAAGUUAACAAACCAUGUUGUUAAUCAUGUUAAAUUCAACAAGGUCCAGAGUGUACAAUUGACCCAAUAAGCAUGAGGAAAGAAGUAUGAAUAUUUAACCUCUAAGCUAUUGGCUCAAUCCUUACUUAUCAUGUAUGUAAUUUAUGUCUUUCUUUUAGGGAUGCAAACGAAUGACAAAAUUGAUAUUUGAAUAUUCGGUAAUUCUUUCGAUCGAAUAUUCGAAUAUUUGAUUACCAAAAUACAUAUUUUAAAAGAUGUAGUAAACUACCAUUGUUAUUAUUCGCUAAAGUAAUUGCCGGGGCAUUUUUACCCUAGUAUGUCGUAGCCAGUACACGCGGCGGACCCUGAUUGACCACUAAAUUGACUAAUUAUAACUAAGGAAAACUAAAACCAACUCGGGAACAAUUAAAAUAAUAAAACAAAAACAUGUGGAUUUGACUCAACUAUUAUAUAACAAUAAAGGAAAUAUAUCCUAAAACGCUAUACUAGACAGUUACAUUUCAAAGCACGAACACUGUAUCGAAACAUGGAAAACAGUUUAAAGCUUACGUACAUGUAACUACAUUAUUGAAGCACAUGUCAUUCAUACCAUCAUGGCUAUUUGAGUCAUGUUGCACAUCUUAAUUUGCAGCAAGACAACACAUUGGUGUUUAAGCCGAUUCCUACCCAGUUAUUGUAAAAUUAAGGGGACUUUUAUAGUACCUGACGAUAUAUCCCUAAAUGACAUAUGAUGCGUGUUUAGCGUAUUGUCAUCACAUUCACACAUCUGGCAUUAGGGGCCAGUGGUUGUAAAAUAAGACAAACAAACUUUAUAAUUAACAAUAGUGCUGUAGGCAAAAGGUUUUUUAUUCUCUUUAUUUCACUUUUUUUCGAAUAUUCAAAUACCGAUUUUGACAUUCGAAUACCAAACGUUUGAUCGAAUAUUCGAAUAUUCGUUUGCAUCCCUACUUUCUUUAAUAUAUUGUUUUGUUUAAUAUUAAAUAGUGUUUAAACCAAGUUAACCACUUUAAAUAAUGAUUAAAUGAUUUCUUGAAUUUCAUUAUGGUACAUAUAUAGAUUUUGCCAAUGAAUAUUAUACUAAACAUGCAUUGAUGUCAUGCCAUUUCUUUUUGGGGUAUUUCGGUUCUCAUUUUGAGCUAGAUAAAUAAAUUGGUUUCUUUUUCCAACAAUUUUCCCAUCUGGCAAACAUGAAUUCUCUGUCUUGAAAUACUUGAUAAGUCAACUACAUUGUACAGAUAAAGUCAUUGUAAAAUCAAGUUAACUGCUUGCUCUCUAGAAAUAUGUUUAGGCCAAUAUUAAUUAAUUGCUUGAUUUUCAUCCAAUUUUUUUUUUAAAUGGGGGCUGGGGGUAAAAUUUUAUUUUUCUUAGAUGACUAAUUCACUGUUGAAUAUGUAUUUACGCUCUUAUUGCAUAAGGGACCAUAUCGAGGGGUGACAGCAAAAAGGUCCUAUCUUCUUCUUUAUUUAAUGUCACUUAGAACCUUUUCCCAUUCACCCAUCGAUAUACAUGUGUUUCUUGACGAACUGCGAAUGCAAUUGUAACAGUUCUCCCUUUUUUAUAUAUGAGUGUUAUUGAUCAACACUGUAGGUAUGAAUUAACGCAGCUCCUGGACAGUUCUGGACAGAUACACAAAUACAGACCAAGUUUAACAUUUUUAUUCGAGUCAAUAAAAUUUAAGGGCUGGCAGAAAAAAGGGGGCAUGGAUGAAAAUCUAUCAAUUAAUUUACAGUACCCUUAUGUGUAUUGCUUUUAAAGUGCUCAGAUUGUAUAGCCCAAAGUGCUAUUUAUCUACAACUACAUGUAAUUUGUUCAAGAUUCAACAUUAACAUACUUUUGUAACAUACUAUAGCAAGGCAUUCAUUAAAGGAAGUUUGGAAGUAUAUUACUAAUACUUCCUAAAAAUGGGAUAAAACUUCCAAAAUUAAGUUCUUGGAAUUGUGUCUGUAAAUAAUGUUAUAAAGACACAUCAAGAUGUGGUACCUUGAUUUCUUUCAAAUUGGUAAUAUAAUGAUGCCUUUAGCUCCUGUAUCAAUUUCACUGUUUAAUUUUGAUGUGGUAUUGUACAGAAAUGACAAGAAUGCGUUAAAAAUUUCAAAUACAUUUACAUAGAGGUACUUUGUGUGUUAACAAUGCAUAAUACAACAAUCAAUUAUAGUUUGUUUGGCAUUUCCCUGACCAACUCAUAAAAAUAUCUGUGUCCCGAUUUCUUUUUUAACCACUCCGGUGUUAAUGUUAUUAGUUCUACUGUGAUUAUGUGAUUGCACAGUUUCUCUCGUCUGUGCGUCCGUUCGUGCCUCUGCUUUUUGCUUGCAUUGUGAUAGUCUUCAGUUUUAAUUAUAUCUUAAUCAAACUUAUACAGUAGUAAAAAAAAUCCAUGAGAGCUUUUUUUAAACCAGCCAGAUCUGCCCAUUCAUGACUGGAUUAUGGCCUUGGAAAUGAUUUAGUAGUUUUAAAGGGAGAAAACUUUGUACAGAGUUGUGUAUCAAAGUAGUAGUUUUUCCCAUUUCCUGAAAACAGUACUUUCUAAGGGAGACUAUUUCUUGCCGUAUGGUUCACUGAUUGCUUCCCUUUGAGUUCAGUAUAUAACCAAAGGUCUCAUGAUAGGGCCUCUUUUUUUCUCUUAAUUUAGAUCUUUGGCACACAAUAAACCCUACCUACCCACACCCAAAAAUAAAGAUAGGGCACGCCAAACAAGCAAUUUCUACAUUGUGGCCUAGCUUCAUAUUUAUCGUCAUGUACAUUGUUGUUGAUGUAGAAAUCCAGUGUGAUUUAUUAUAUGUGCUUUCGAAAUCGGUACAAAAUACUUUGUUUAUAGUGGCCAUACCCAGACACCUUUUAAUCAGUCUGUAAUUUGAGAUUAUUUUUUAUUAAUAAUGAUGACUUAACUUGAUUAAAAGUUCAUCGUGUUAAUCAAAAUUAGUUUUUCUUAAUUAGUUUUUUUUACAUCUUUGGCCCACUUCAUUGGAAAUCUUUGUGGUAGCUUCACUAAUAUGAUAUCUGUACAAAUGGCAGCAAAAUUAUUUGUUUUAUUUCUGUUUGUAUCAUUUAUUAUGAAAAUAUGACACCAAGAAAAUACCAUUUUACAAACAAAAUUCCACAAAGAUCUUGAAACAGGCUCUACAUGUACAAUGUAUUUGGCAAAUUGGUCAGGCCAUUGCAAACAAGAUGUUUUUGAGGAUUCUUUCCUUUAUUUUUGUUUUGUUUUUCCUUAUAUUUUUUUAAAGAAAACUGUUAUAUUUAUUAUUAAUAAUGAAAUAUUUUAUAAGGUUUCUUUAAAUGAAUUUGUUGACUUUAAUUUUAUAGUCGAUUCACGUGGUGUUUAUUGAUAUACAAUUUAAAAAUUCAACAUUUUGAAUAUACUUGAUAAAUGUAUACAAAUGUUUUUAGUUGAAUAAAUAUGAUGAUUUGA